UAGUGUUUAAAUGGUGAGUAUAGCAAAUUAGUUUCCGCGGUGGUAGUUAAGCGGCAUUUUCAUCUCCUUGCUCAACACUCAACGACGACACCAACAACGUCUCCACCUAAGGUACCGAUUUUCUUAUUUCUUUUCAAGUGACUAACUCUGUGGUGGUGGUGCCGUCGCACCGUUUUUCUUUCCUUUUUUAUCUGCGGCUCAGUCUCAGACGCACACCAAAGUUUCCGUCAUCCACCGUUGCUCUCACAAGUCACGGUCUCUUAGUCAAGGGAAGUCCAAAACUUGUGAAAGAAAAAGAGAAAGAGGACAAUGAGUGGAGAAGGAAAGGUGGUUUGUGUGACAGGUGCUUCUGGUUAUAUCGCUUCAUGGAUUGUCAAAUUCCUUCUUCAACGUGGUUACACCGUCAAAGCCACUGUUCGUGACUUGGGUAAUCCUAAAAAGGUUGACCACUUGAUUAAACUUGAUGGUGCAAAGGAGAGGUUGCAACUUUUUAAGGCAGAUCUUUUGGACGAAGGUUCCUUUGACUCUGUUGUUGAGGGAUGUGAUGGUGUAUUUCAUACUGCUUCUCCUGUUCGUUUUGUCGUAGACGACCCUCAGGUUGAGUUGAUUGAUCCGGCAGUGAAGGGAACUCUUAAUGUUCUUAAAUCAUGUGCAAAAUCACCAUCUGUGAAACGAGUUGUCUUUACUUCUUCUAAUGCUGCAGUUGCAUAUAACACAAGGCCGAAGAAUCCCGGAGUCAUAGUUGAUGAGACAUGGUUUUCAGAUCCAGAUUUCUGUAGGGAAUCACAGUUAUGGUACAUACUCUCAAAGGCUUUGGCUGAGGCUGCUGCGUGGGAAUUUGUAAAUGAAAACAAGAUUGACAUGGUUGUUAUUAAUCCAACAAUGGUUGUAGGUCCUCUCUUACAACCCGAGGUUAACGAAAGUGUUCAACCAAUUUUAAACCUAAUAAAUGGUAUACCUUUUCCGAAUAGUGCUAUUGGAUGGGUGAAUGUGAAAGAUGUUGCGAACGCCCAUAUUCACGCAUACGAGAUUGCUUCAGCUAGUGGAAGAUAUUGUUUGGCUGAGAGAGUGGUACACUAUUCAGAACUUGCUAAGAUUUUACAUGGUCUAUACCCAACAUUACAAAUUUCUGACAAGUGUGAGGAUGAAGAGCCAUAUAAGACAACAUUUCAGAUUUCCAAGGAAAAAGCUAAAAGCUUGGAAAUCGAGUUUACUCCUUUGGAAGUCAGCCUCAAGGAGACUGUGGAAAGUUUCAGGGAGAAAAAGAUUGUCGACUUUUAAUCAGCCUCAACAUCCCACAUAAUCAAUGAAGACAUGAAAAAAUGUUGGUGUCAUUUGAUCUAUGAUGUGGAAGUGAAUCUCAUCUAGCAGAAUAACACUUAAGAUUGUUGUUGCUGAAUAGAAGUUUGUUGUUGUUGGAUACAAGUUGACAACUUCAAUCUUAUGUUUACUUUGUUAUUAUAAAUUAUCUUGUUGAGAAGGAAUUGCUAUUGUAAAAUAAGGCGUGUAAAUUGAUAAUAAUGCAAGUGUGAGUAAAUGGAGAAAUAGUCCCACAUUGGAUAGUAAUGUGGAGACUUGAACAUUUAUAAGUGGGAGAACUCACUCACCUAUCACCUUAAGGUUUUAAGUGGAUAAGUGGUGUGUCUCUCAAAGAAGUUUUUUACUAGGGGUGUAAUCGGAUUCGGUUUUUAGUCAAAAAAAGGUCCGAACCGAUGAUAUAUCCAUUGGUUUGGUUUGAUUUUUAACAA